GUAUGCCACCAGGCAGGAGACUGAGCCAGACUCUUUACGCGAUGUGUAGCUAGCUGGUCGGACAACAUUCCUCAAUCCACACUGGAUAUGUGUGAAAGAUUUGAUGGCAUGUAACGUCAGCGGGAUUAUCGACUUCCUCGACUCUCGGACGGACACAAACCAGAGCAACGAUGGCCGGCGAAAAUGUGAGCGUGGUUUUCAAGCUGUACUGCCUGGCGGUGAUGACACUGGUGGCGGCUACAUACACAGUGGCACUGCGAUACACCAGGACCAUCUCAUCAGGCGACCUGUACUUCUCCACAACUGCAGUGUGCAUCACUGAGGUCAUUAAGUUAAUACUGAGUCUGGGGAUGCUGACAAAAGAAACAGGAAGCCCCGUCAGACUAAAGAAGGCCAUAGUGGAACAUAUAUUCUGCAGCCCGAAAGAACUGCUGAAGCUGAGCGUGCCAUCGCUAGUGUACGCGAUUCAGAAUAACAUGGCCUUUCUUGCUUUGAGUAAUCUCGAUGCAGCAGUUUAUCAGGUCACCUAUCAGCUGAAGAUCCCGUGCACGGCCUUGUGUACAGUCCUCAUGCUGAACCGCUCUCUCAGCCGGCUGCAGUGGUUCUCUGUUUUCAUGCUCUGCGGGGGUGUAACGCUUGUCCAAUGGAAGCCUGCAGAGGCGACUAAAGUACAGGUUGAGCAGAAUCCUUUUGUUGGGUUCAUUGCCAUCGCUAUUGCUGUCCUUUGCUCUGGAUUUGCAGGUGUGUACUUUGAGAAGGUGCUGAAGAGCUCAGACACGUCUCUGUGGGUGAGAAACAUCCAAAUGUACCUGUCGGGCAUUUUGGUCACACUGAUUGGUGUUUUCAUUAACGAUGGUGAGAAGGUCCUGGAGAAAGGCUUCUUCUUCGGUUAUACACCCUGGGUGUGCUUUGUAAUAUUCUUGGCCAGUGUGGGCGGUCUGUACACAUCCGUGGUGGUGAAGUACACGGACAACAUCAUGAAGGGCUUCUCUGCUGCAGCCGCCAUCGUUCUCUCAACUGUGGCAUCUGUUCUCUUGUUUGGACUACAGAUAACAAUCUCGUUUGCCACCGGAGCCUUCCUGGUGUGCAUUUCCAUCUACCUGUAUGGACUUCCUAAGCAAGACACAUUAAAACUGGCCCGGCAAGACACAGACAAGGAGUCCAAACAGAGACUGAUCACUGUGUGAGCCACUGACCUGCAGCAGAGGAGCCUCUGUUGCCAGUGGACCAGGUCUGUGUUGGGAGGGGUGGGCGGGUGGUUCACCUUUUCUAGGGGCCUAAAAGAGCUCCUGCACUUAGGGGAUUUGGGGUCCACACUUACUAUUUUCCAAAUAGACACUCAGUGGAGUUCUUUAUGUGUUUAGUUCAUCACAUAGACAACUUUUGGUCCAUUUACAUGUAAAUUCAAGCAAUGUUUCAGUUGAAGUGAAGAAAAAAAAACGACACAUCUGACCUUUAACUGGUCUUUAUAACUGGCUGCUUUUAAAGUUUGUAAAUUAUCUGAAGCAAUCAGUGAAGUCUUGUAAUUCAUCUUCAGCCAUGCUGGAGCAAUAAGCAGUGACAGGACUUUGUUGCUCUUUUUGAUGCCUCCUUAUAUCUGUUCUAGGGGGGUGUAAAAAUAUCACGACUUCUUAUCAUGUAGUUAUUUUUUUCUAAUCCAUAAUUAGUUUGUUUUACACUGUGCAAUGUUAGUGUCUUAAAAGAAUAUUUUACUCUCAAAAUGACCAUUUGUAUAUCAAUUACUCACCACGUGUUACAUUGAAUUCAUGAAGAAAAUGCCUUCUCGGUGAACAGAGAAUCCAAAAAAGUCUAAUCUUAUUUAUGGGGACCGCGUUUAACAACAGCAAAACUUAAAACGUCUGUUACAAACUCUCACACAACUCCUGCAGUAUAAUCCAAGUCUCAUUCAUCCAGUCAUAUGCUCAGUACUUUCCAAAGACAUGCAUUUUUGUGAAACACGUGAAAAUAUAAAACGCUUACGUCUACGAGUAGUAAUGUUUUAGCGAAAAUGCCAGUGUUUGGGAAGAACUGAGUUUGUAAACAGAUGUUUUGAUACAUUUUUGCUGCUGUUAAACGCACUUUUACUUCAACUGAUGAAGAAUGUUCACCUUAUUUGGAUUCUUCGUUCACCCUGGAGGCAUGCAGGAGAAACUAUUUUUUUUUUCCAUGAGUUUAGGUAAUGAGGUGAGAGUUUGAUAUACAAAUGGUCAUUUUGCGAGUUAAGUAGUCCUUUAAGUCCAUAUCACAUAGUGGUGAUUCUGAAUGUGCCCAACCCACGGGAAAACAUACUUGAAAGGAUGAUGAUGACUGACUGCAUGUGUGAUUAUGUUUAUAAUAUCUCUGCAGUGUCUUGUGUCUUUUGUAUCACAUCUGGGACGCAUUCUGUUUUGAAAGUCAUUCAUUAAAACUGAAUUUAAAUACGGUAAAA